UUCAAACCGAACUUGUCAAAAUGGCGAAUCGAACUGUAAAAGAUGCGAAAUCUAUUCGCGGUACAAAUCCUCAAUAUUUAGUAGAGAAAAUAAUAAGAUCGCGCAUAUACGAUUCCAAAUAUUGGAAAGAAGAAUGCUUCGCUUUAACUGCCGAGUUAUUAGUGGACAAAGCAAUGGAAAUACGCUAUGUAGGUGGUGUGCAUGGAGGAUUUAUUUACCCCACACCGUUUUUGUGUUUAGUCCUAAAAAUGUUACAAAUACAACCUGAAAAAGAUAUUGUAGUUGAGUUUAUAAAGAAUGAGGAGUUCAAAUAUGUCCGUGCUCUAGGAGCAUUUUAUAUGAGACUCACAGGUUCGUCUUUAGAUUGUUAUAAAUAUUUAGAACCUCUUUAUAAUGAUAACAGAAAGCUGAGGCGACAAAAUCGCGAAGGGCAGUUUGAAAUAAUACACAUGGACGAGUACAUAGACGAGCUCCUCCGAGAAGAACGUCUGUGCGACGUAAUUUUGCCUCGAAUCCAAAAAAGACACAUACUUGAGGAGAAUAACGAAUUGGAACAGAAAGUUUCGGCUCUGGACGACGAUUUGGAUGAAGAUAUGCCUUCUGAUGAAGAAAAUGCAGAUGGUGAAACCAAAGAAAAUAAAAGAGACAAAGAAAAAAGGGACAGAGAUAGGAAAAGAGAAAGGUCUCGAGAUCGCGAACGACGUGAAAAAGAUCGUAAAAGGGAACGCUCCAGAAGCAGAGAACGCGAAAGAAGAAGAGAAAGAGAACGUGAAAGAGAGAGGGACAGAGAACGUUUACGUGAGCGUGAGAGGGAAAAGGAAAGAAGGGAACGCCAUGAAGUGGAUAGACGAAGGGAUAGAGGGCGCUAUUAGAUUAAAAAUAAAGCAUUUUCUAUUGAA